AGAGGCGUGUAGACAUUAUAUAUUGUUCUCUCACCAAAAUGUACAUAGUUUUCUAUGAGGCAUCAAGAAAGAAUGAGAAACCUCGUUUGACAACAAACCAGCCAAUCGGCAAGUGGCGGGGCGUGGUUAGCCCUUAGACCCCGCCCACUGAGAUGAAAGAUAAAGCGGUCGGAGAAGAAUGCAGCAGCAUACAGAAGUACCUGCUGGAAAGUAACAGGUGGAACGCGAAGGGGGUGGGAAAGAAAACAAUAAGUCGACGCAACAGGUGGAUUUCAACGAAGCAGCACAAAAGGUGACCUCCAGGGAUUCCUGCCUGAAAAUGGAGUUUUCUAACAUCAAAUCUUCUGUAGCCCUCAUUUAUGAUGAGUUCAUGCAAAAUGCAGAUUCCCGGACAGAGAACUGGCUGCUCAUGUCGUCCCCACUCCCACAAACGAUAAUCAUCGUCGCAUACAUUUACUUCGUCACAUCACUGGGGCCUAAAAUAAUGGAGAACCGCAAAGCCUUUGACCUCAAAGGAGUCCUUGUUGUCUACAACUUUGGGGUGGUGGCUCUUUCGCUCUACAUGAUCUAUGAGUUUGUGAUGUCAGGAUGGGGAACUGGUUACUCGUUUCGCUGCGACCUUGUUGACUACUCCUACUCACCCCAGGCUGUAAGGAUGGCAGAAACGUGCUGGCUUUACUAUUUCUCCAAGUUUAUUGAAAUGUUGGACACUAUCUUCUUUGUCCUGAGGAAGAAGAACAGCCAGCUGACGUUUCUUCAUGUCUACCAUCACGCCAUCAUGCCCUUCACCUGGUGGUUUGGUGUUCGUUUUGCUCCAGGUGGUCUGGGAACGUUCCAUGCGCUGCUGAACUGUGUUGUCCAUGUUAUCAUGUAUACAUACUAUGGGCUGACUGCACUGGGCCCCAACUACCACGCCUGUCUUUGGUGGAAGAAACAUCUCACUACUAUUCAGCUGAUCCAGUUUGUUAUGGUGACCACUCACAUCUCCCAGUAUUUCUUCAUCAAGGACUGCAAUUACCAGUUCCCCAUCUUUGUCUACAUCGUUGGCCUGUAUGGCCUGAUUUUCCUGUUCCUCUUCCUCAACUUCUGGUACCACGCCUACACCAAAGGCAAGAGGCUGCCUAAAGUUCUGCAGGCUCAGACAUGGUCACACCACACCAACGGAGUCAUGAAUGGGAACGCAGACCACGAAAAGUAUCAGUGACGUAAACCUCUGGGCUUUUUCAGGGUUGACUUCCUUUACAUAAGCAAACAGGUGCUCUGAGACUCAACCCAAACUUGUUUUGGAUCGUUUCUUUCUUUGACUGCUCUUCUAUUGAUUGGUCAUAAUUUAAGGAUUGUCUUUUACCAAGCUAGUUUGUCUGGAUCACUGAACUAAGCUAAGAGCUUUUAUUUAUGAAUCCCUGGUUCUGAUGCAAAAAGGUUUUUCAAAUGUCCAGCUUUCUAUUGUAUUUAAGAUUCAAUUUGACAUUCACACCGACUGUCUUCACCUGUGGUAAAACUGUAGGGCCUCUACUGUACAGUUACACUGGACUUUCACUAAACCGCUUAUCCUAAAAUAUAUUUUUUUUUAUACAACUUUAUCUUCGCAGAAGACUUUAAUCAAAAAAUGUUUUGUCGUUUCUAUUAAUGUGCACUGAAUUAUUUUUUUUUUUCCCCUACUCACUAGGCCUGGUAAAGUUUUCAGUUUAAUAGUAAAGCUACCAGGUCCUGUUGUUCAGGUCAUUGAUUGGUUACAUCAGUGCAGAACUGAGUUGUUUACAUUCCACUUCUUCACAGCAGCUUUUGAUUGUAAAGACAUACAGAGAAAAGUGCAAUUUUCAUACAGUGGUAUCAUUUUUCAUUCUCGUUUCAACUCCUAUGAAGCAGUGUUGUGACAUUAAUCUGACUAAACCUGAUGGUUCUUGUAGGAUCCAGAACAGACUACUUUCUUUACUGAGGCAAAUUGCAAUGCGACACUUAUGGGACUCAGAGCUAACAGUUGAGGUGUUCAGUCAAUAAAGCAGGAAUGAAUUUCCUUUUCCAGCUUUUAAGCAGUGUGCUGAUGAUGAUUUCAGAUGGCAGAAGUUAGUAGUUUUAUAUCUUUGAUCUUAAAUUUGUAAUGCUCUGGUGACUGAGGACACAAGAUUGAGUUUGUGUGGAAAGAGUUCCACCUUUUAUGAAGCACAAAUCCACGCUAACUAAAAGUUUUCAAAUGAGUUUUCUAUUUUUUUUUCCCCCCCCAUUUAGUCAGAUCUUUACAC